AUGCUGUUCACGGCAUCGGCUCUUGCGCUCGGCUUGUUCUUUGUGUCCGGUAGUGCGGCCUCCGUUCCAUGUACUGGAAACAACGGAGUAGCUGUUCCAGACGCGUGCUGUGUCUGGCUCGACGUGCUUGAUGAUAUCCAGCAGAAUUUAUUCGAUGGUGGUGAAUGCAAUGAGGAUGCCCACGAAGCGCUUCGACUCACCUUCCACGACGCGAUUGGAUACUCACCAAAGUUGGUCAGAGCAGGAAAGUUUGGGUGCGUCGCAUUCAUCCUGGACCCGUCGCAUGGCUCCAUCAUGCAAUGGUCAGACAUAGAGCUCCAGGACCCCGCCAACGACGGCAUGGAUGAGAUAAUCGAGGCCGAGCGACAGAUCGCGCUCCGCUACAAUGUGUCCUUUGGGGACUUUAUCCAAUUCGCGGGCGCUGUCGGUGUUGGGAACUGCAAAGGGGGGCCCCAGCUCCUGUUCUUUUCGGGGCGCAAAAACGACUCGAAGCCCGCACCCGCCGGACUGAUCCCUCAAGCGACCGACUCAGUAGACACCAUCAUCAACCGUGUGGGAGAUAUCGGCUUCAGCGCGCUUCAGCUCGUGUGGAUGCUCAUCUCGCACACUGUUGGCACGCAGAACACGGUGGAUCCGACGAUCGCAGGAUCGCCGUUGGACUCGACUCCUUACGAUUUCGACGCCCAGUUCUUUGUCGAAACUCUCCUCAACGGUACCAUCAACCCUGGGGGCCAAGAUCAGGUUCCCACAGGAGGGGUGCUGUCGCCUUACCCCGGGGAGUUCCGUCUCGCUUCGGACUUUGCGGUGGCAAGGGAUCCCCGCACCGCUUGCGAGUUCCAGCACAUGCUUCUGGACCGCCAGAAUAUGCUACAGAAGUAUAAGGUUGUCAUGAACACGCUUGCAUUGCUCGGCCAGGGCUCAAACGUGGCGUUCAUGACGAACUGCACCAACAUCAUCCCGGUCCCACCGGCCGUCAACUUCCAGCCAUUUCUCCCCGCUGGCCUCUCGAUGGGCGACGUUUUGCCCGCGUGUACAGCCACUCCGUUCCCCUCGUUGACCGCCGCACCAGUUUCAGGACCUAUGACCUCUAUCCCGCUUGUGUAA